CGCGGUGAGGCCGCGCAUGCGCCGUGCCGGCGGCAGGCAGAGAGGCAGGCAGGCGGGCGUGCGGGCGCGGGUGCGCAUCCGGGUCGGCGCCGGGCCAUUGUCUGCGGCCGGGCCGGGCUCGGCGGCUCCGCGCCCGAGGGGCCGAGGCAGCGGCGCCGCCUUCAUGGACCGCAGCUCGAAGAGGAGGCAGGUGAAGCCUUUGGCGGCUUCGCUGCUGGAGGCUUUAGAUUAUGAUAGCUCUGAUGACAGUGACUUUAAAGUUGGAGAUGCUUCAGAUUCUGAAGGAAGUGGUCAUGGGAGUGAAGAUGCAUCAAAGGACAGUGGAGAAGGUUCCUGUACUGAAUCAGAAGAAAAUAUCUUGGAGGAGGAACCGGCAGAAGAGAAAGUAGAAGAGCAACAACCAAAGAGCUCCGCUGAAGAAGAGGUGCCGACAGCAGACAAAGAGGUAAUUAAAACUGAAAAGAAAGAGCAAGAAGAUGAAGAAGAAAAGCCAAAAAAGAAGAAAGAAAAAGAGAAAGCAGCUGAACCUGAUGCUGCGGCUGAUGAGCAAACAAGUGAACCCAAAAAAUGGAAUUUGCGCAGGAACCGGCCCUUACUGGAUUUUGUAUCAAUGGAAGAACUAAAUGAUAUGGACGAUUAUGACAGUGAAGAUGACAAUGACUGGCGGCCUACUCCUGAGAAAAAAAAAGGGAAAAAUGCACUCCGAAAAGAAGGGAGCGAUGGAGAUAAUGAGGAUGAUGAAGAUGACGGGAGUGGGAGUGAUGAGGAUGACAACGAUGAAGAAGGUAAUGAAGAAGAUAACAGCAGCACAGCAAGUGAUGGAGGAUCCAAGAAGAAGAAGAGUAAAGUUCUUAACAGAAAUAAUGCAGAUGAUGAGGAACUGACAAAUGAUAGCCUGGCUCUUUCACAAAGCAAGAGUAAUGAGGAUUCAUUGAUCCUUGAGAAGUCCCAGAAUUGGAGUUCCCAGAAAAUGGACCAUAUUUUGAUUUGUUGCGUUUGUCUUGGAGAUAACAGUGAGGAUGCUGAUGAAAUAAUCCAGUGUGACAACUGUGGAAUAACAGUGCAUGAAGGUUGCUAUGGUGUUGAUGGAGAGAGUGAUUCCAUCAUGAGCUCAGCUUCAGAAAAUUCCACUGAACCUUGGUUCUGUGAUGCAUGCAAAUGUGGUGUCACACCUAGCUGUGAACUAUGUCCAAACCAAGAUGGGAUCUUCAAGGAGACAGAUGCGGGCAGGUGGGUCCAUAUUGUUUGUGCCCUGUAUGUUCCAGGAGUGGCAUUUGGAGAUAUUGACAAAUUGCGGCCAGUAACACUUACAGAAAUGAAUUAUUCAAAGUAUGGUGCCAAGGAGUGCAGUUUUUGCGAAGAUCCUCGUUUUGCCAGAACAGGUGUAUGCAUUAGCUGUGAUGCUGGGAUGUGCAGAGCUUAUUUCCAUGUGACCUGUGCUCAGAAGGAAGGCCUUCUCUCAGAAGCAGCAGCAGAAGAGGAUAUAGCUGACCCCUUUUUUGCUUAUUGUAAACAGCAUGCGGACAGGUUAGACAGAAAAUGGAAACGGAAGAACUACUUGGCAUUACAGUCUUACUGUAAAAUGUCCUUACAGGAAAGAGAAAAACAACUUUCGCCAGAAGCUCAGGCUCGAAUCAAUGCCAGACUACAGCAGUACCGUGCCAAGGCAGAGCUGGCUCGUACCACCAGGCCACAGGCCUGGGUACCCAGGGAGAAGCUGCCACGACCGCUUACUAGCAGUGCUUCAGCCAUACGCAAGCUUAUGCGCAAAGCUGAGUUAAUGGGAAUAAGCACAGAUAUUUUUCCAGUGGAUACUUCGGAUACUAGUUCCAGUGUUGAUGGAAGAAGAAAACAUAAACAACCAGCUCUCACUGCUGAUUUUGUCAAUUAUUACCUUGAGAGAAAUAUGCGCAUGAUUCAAAUCCAGGAGAAUAUGGCUGAGCAGAGGAAUAUCAAGGAUAAAUUAGAAAAUGAGCAAGAAAAGCUUCAUGUGGAGUAUAAUAAGCUUUGUGAGUCCUUGGAAGAGCUACAAAAUAUGAAUGGAAAACUGCGAAAUGAAGGGCAAGGCAUUUGGGCUCUGCUGGGUAGAAUCAUCGGACAGAAAUUGAACAUACCUGCAAUUUUACGUGCUCCUAAGGAAAGAAAACCAAGUAAAAAGGAAGGAGGAACACAAAAGACAUCUACGCUCCCAGCUGUACUUUAUAGUUGUGGAAUUUGCAAGAAGAACCAUGAUCAACAUCUACUGUUACUGUGUGAUACUUGCAAACUACAUUAUCAUCUUGGUUGUCUGGAUCCACCUCUUACAAGGAUGCCAAGGAAGACUAAGAACAGUUACUGGCAGUGCUCAGAGUGUGACCAGGCAGGUAGCAGUGACAUGGAAGCUGAUAUUGCCAUGGAAACCUUACCAGAUGGGACCAAAAGAUCACGGAGACAGAUUAAGGAGCCGGUGAAAUUUGUUCCUCAGGAUGUGCCACCAGAACCGAAGAAAAUUCCAAUCAGAAACACGAGAACUAGAGGACGAAAACGAAGCUUUGUGCCCGAGGAAGAAAAACCUGAGGAACGGAUUCCCAGAGAAAGAAGACAACGGCAGUCUGUUCUGCAAAAGAAGCCCAAGUCAGAGGAUUUAAGGACUGAAUGUGCUACAUGCAAAGGGACUGGAGACAAUGAAAAUCUAGUCAGGUGUGAUGAAUGCAGGCUCUGCUACCAUUUUGGCUGUCUAGACCCUCCCUUGAAAAAGUCUCCCAAGCAGACUGGGUAUGGAUGGAUUUGUCAGGAAUGUGACUCUACAUCUUCCAAACUUGGAUCCUUUGGCGUGACAUGCAAAAAGUGCUGAAUUCUCAGAGCUGCGGAGGUGAUAAUGUAAGUUGUGUUUUGAAAGUAGUGUCCACAAUAACGUGGUCUAGACUAUUGAAAACCGAGUAACAAAUUUAAUAGAACUUUUAAUUGUUACUCUCUCUAGGUCUUGGCUUCCUGUUUGUAAAAUGCUGAUACUGCACCUUUAUUUUAGACAUUUUCCUUGAAUUUGAAUGAAUUGUCCUUGGAGUUGCUUGUUACUGUCCAGGGACUAUAGAGGGGAGGCUAGACAGUUCUGAUUAGCAAGGGUUACAGUUUAGGGAUUCUGCUUGCUUGAGUACAUGUAGAAGAUGAUUGAAUGAGCGUUACAUGGACAGACUUUAUCUGGGUAUUUACUAGCAUUCAGAACAAAACAUUUCUGAUGUAGCCAAAGUCUUUAACAUUUACAUAUACAGGAAAUCCCUAUUUGAAUAUAAUAUAUGAGGUUGGCACAGGCUGAUACCAUUAUAUGCAUGCUUAAUCGUGUUGUAAAUAUGUUUUAUAGUACUUCUGUAGAUACCAUUCAGUGCAAUGUGAUUUUAAGAAGUUAUAUUUAAAAUAUAUCUUUACAAAAAUAAAUCAAAAAAUCUUUAUUCUUACAGUUCCUUUGUAUUAAUUCAAACUUGUUUCAGUUGCAUAUUCUGACAGGGUGACUGCAAUGCUUAUAAAGAAGCUGUGAGCCUAAUUUAGUCAGUGCACAUUCAUUUGAGGACACAACAUACAAGCAAAUGUUCUGCCACCAGGGUGAACAACAUUGCACCUGAAAAAUGACAAAUGAAUACUGCUAACAGAUCUGAUACAUGCAGAACAGAAUAUAAUGGAAAAAAACUCAGUUUAUGCUACUGUCUUCAGGUUUAAGUUAGUAUUUCAAAGUGGUUUACAGAAUAACAAAUUGCAUAGUGUAAGUGACUACAUUUAUAAAGAUAGAAUCUGUUUUCACUUUAGGCAUGGAUGUUUUGACCUAUUUUAUUAUAUGGUGAUCAUGAACAAUACAGUUAAACUUUUUUGUAUUUGUUCAUUUAUUUAAAGCUGUUUGAGUAGAGUUGAAUAAUGCUAUCAGAGUGGGACGUGUUUUGUGCCGUGUAAUAAAAGAUUUUUUAUAUAUAUAGCAACUGGAAAAUAUGUGGUUACAUUCAAGUCAUUGUUGUCUUUCUAGGUUUGUGAUGAAACGUCAAACCUUGGCCCUGAAAUGAUUUCUUUGAAAUUGAACAAGAUAAAAGAAUCCAAAUGUGUAAGGCUGUGAGAAACCUUAAAAGAAGUUCUUUACCACUUACAUGCUGUUUUAAGAACUUCAGUAAUGCCAAACCUUGGCAUAGGAAGGAGUUUGACUAACAAGAUAGUAAAAAAUAAAAAAUAAAUAAAAGGGUGAAAUUGUAGUGUGGGGUAGUUCUUAUCAGUUGGCUGAAAUAUUGCCAAGUGUGUUCUAGUAUUUGCCCCCCAGGUAUCGUAUUUAGAAAAAUGAGUUGGCACAGCCUGUGUUAUUUUCUGGCAAACAAGUGUAUAUAAAAAAAAUCAAUGUAUUGAAUAAUUUAUAUGAUAAAAUGUUCCAAAAAUAA